GGGCUAUGCAUAGCAAUGACCUUGGGACUCCCAACUUUUCCAAAGCUUAAUGCCCAUCCCCAUCCCUCCUUUUCACUGGGACCCUUCCUCUGUCCACCUCAGGCUCCAUGCCUUUCGAAAUGCCUUUCUCACAGUAGCUGAGGCUCUUGGGGGAAAGCUGGAUGUUGGGAGCGUUUUCCUCCGAUGCCCACGGCUCUGGAAAGAAGCGGCUGUGUCAAUGCAGAAGAUAAAUGAAUAGAAUCAAGUCCACUGCUAGGCUUUCUGUUGGAGAAUUCCUCCAGCAGCCGCCAACCGAGUUGCCUUUCCAGGCAGCUGAGUCACAAACAAGAUUUGCCGGAGGUGAGUUCCUCAUAUCCUUGUUAAGGCUCGGGAGGCACGCCUUCUUUUCAUACAAACCUUUCAGAUAGAAGCAGCUUGAGUCCGACUUCAAGAGGGUGGGUGGUGCCACAGUCGAACUGCAACUCCCUUUCUUGCCGGACAGGGUCUGGGAGAGAAAGCCAGACGGCAUCUCAGGAUUCAAAAAGCGGGUAACCAUUUCCCCCCAGUCCCCAUGACUGUCGCCUGCUAAACACCCAAUUCUGCUUUUACUGCUGUGGUCGAACCCCGGGAAGCUGCCCAGCUGUGAAACGAAGGGAGCCGGCGGUGAAACCCGACACCCAGCCCUCUGCAAGCAAAGGAAACUUCGCACGCUGGUCCACCAAGAUCAGCAUUAUGACUGAUGGUGACUAUGAUUAUCUAAUCAAACUCCUGGCCCUUGGAGAUUCAGGGGUGGGAAAGACUACAUUCCUUUAUAGAUAUACCGACAAUAAAUUCAAUCCCAAAUUCAUCACUACCGUAGGAAUAGACUUUCGGGAAAAACGUGUGGUAUAUAAUGGUCGAGGACCAAAUGGAUCUCCAGGAAAAGCUUUUAAGGUACAUCUUCAGCUUUGGGAUACAGCUGGACAGGAAAGAUUUCGAAGUCUCACCACAGCAUUUUUCAGAGAUGCCAUGGGCUUCUUACUAAUGUUUGACCUCACCAGUCAACAGAGCUUCUUAAAUGUCAGAAAUUGGAUGAGCCAACUGCAAGCUAAUGCAUAUUGUGAAAAUCCAGAUAUAGUAUUAAUUGGCAACAAAGCAGAUCUAUCAGACCAGAGGGAGGUCAAUGAACGGCAAGCCCGGGAUCUUGCAGACAAGUAUGGCAUACCCUAUUUUGAAACAAGUGCAGCAACAGGGCAGAAUGUGGAGAAACCUGUGGACACACUCCUGGACUUAAUAAUGAAGCGCAUGGAGCAGUGCGUGGAGAAGUCACAAGUCCCUGAUGCAGCCAAUGGAGGAAAUUCGGGGAAGCUUGAUGGGGAGAAACCAGCUGAAAAAAAAUGUGCUUGCUAGACUUCACCUUUUUAAACUGAGAAUCAAGAACCUCACCCAAAUAGUUGAUCAGAAAAUGGUUGACAAGCCACAUAAUUGAUGCGUGAGCCUUGCACAGAUACAUUUUCUUUUCUUUUCUUCCAGAGAAUGAGUUUUAAACACCACCAUGAUCAAAAGUGUUCAGUGGGCCUGGACUAUGGAUGAGCUAUAAGGCCUGACAGUUCUAAGUCUGAGUUUUCCCAACACAAUCUCUCCAUCAGGGACAUUCAAUCAAUUUUUUGAUGGUUGUUUUGUUGUGUGUGUGUUUUUUAAUUUUACAGAAGUAAUGAAAUCCUCCACUAAGUAAAUGAAAAGUGUUAAGGAGCCUAAAAUCAGAAAGAAAAGCGGUCACUUGUCAUAUAUGGGCUGGGGGAGAGGGGAAUAAUAAAUUGAUUACUGAGGAAGAACAUUACAAAAGGACAUUUCUUGGGUUGUUUUUCACUUAUAUGGAGACUAGUGAUUCAUACUUUUUGUGUUUGCAUUGGUAAUGUAUUAGCUGAAGAAAAUCUGCAAGUGAAGAAUUCUCUGGGGUUCAUUUAAAAUGACCUUAUUAUGGGCACACAGUAUGUAGCUUGCCCUACUAAAUUACUGAUAAGGUGAUUGGGACAAUGAAUAUCUAACUUUUGAUUCAGGGGAUUGUGUGAUAAUGUCAUUUCUGCAUUCCUAGUAAAUGGUAGGUUGAAGAUAACCAGACUAGAUAGGAUAACAUAUAGGCAUAAUAAGCAACCCAAAAAAGGGCAUGGAAGGUUGACAUUAGCAAGUGCUGAAAGGAGAUGUAUAUGUUGCUGCUUUCUGAGACAGCAAUUUAGUCAGACUUCAUGAAUGUCCGAUUUCAAGUUGAUGUGACCAUUAAGGGUGACAGUGAGAAUUCCAGGGGCUUCCAUUUCCAGUGAAAGAUCAUGAGGCAGCACAGUGUUCACUCAGCAACACAUUUUACUUUUUCCACUAAAUGUCACCUGGAUACAUGGAAUUUCUCCUUCUUGGAAUAUUAUAAUUAAAUCUCAUUCUCAAGGAAAACAUCCACAAAACUAUUGGGCUUUUCAUCUCUUCUUUGUAGAAUGAACCUCAGUGAAAUGUUUUGUUUUGUUUUCUUCAGAAGUAAAAAGUGAUCAUUAAUUGGAGAUAAUUACGAAAGUCACCGACAUCCUUAACCACAUUUUUCUCCCACUUGGUUCUUUUUGUCAAAAAUGCCAUUCCAACUCGAUUGAUCCCAAACUACUGUAAAGCAAAGGGUCUUUGCUUCGUUCCCUCUGAAUUUGAAGAUCUUCAGUAAGACCACAAUGAAGAUCAUCUGAUAUGGUUCAAUAUGUAUUUUUAACCCGUGCUUUUCUUUUUACCCAUUUCAAGAAAAAUGUAAAUUAUGGAGACACAUCUGGGGAGAGGAGAAUGAAACUUACUAAAGUAAGUUCAUCUCAACUCUGUUUCACAGGACCUGCUUUAUCCUUAUGUCUAAAGCUAUUAUCAGAUUUAAUCCACAGUAAUGAUAUCAUAAGGUCUUGAUAAAUAAACAUAUAAAAACUUUCCCAUGGAACCUCAUUCUUUACACAAUAAUCUAGUCACUCCUAACUAUGAAUUAGGUGCCUGAUGGAUAUAUUCCUUUAUUUAAUAGAGAUAAAGAUCCUUAAUUUUUUUUUUGUUUCCUUCAGAGUAGAUAUUUUUUCAGGAUUUUUCAUUCCUGCUGCUCAUAUGACACAUAAGCAAAAGAAGACUCCUCAAGAGUUAUGUAAUCCCACCAUCCUUCCCAAUACCUCCACUCAUUUCCUCCAGGAUUUCACUCCAGCCCACCCUUAUCCUAUCACCACCACUACCACCACUAUUGCUGACUUCCAAGAGAGCAUUUGUCUUCCUGUCCCUAGGAUGGAACGAGAUCAGGAGGAAGUCAAUUGUAUCUGCUGGGCUACCUUUAAGGAUUGAUUUACUGGUGAAAUUCUACUUUCCAUUACUACCUUCUACCAGUUUCUCUCACUCUUUGCCAAUCUCCCACAGAAUCAUCUAGCUUUUCAAAGUCAUUGUCAUGUUCCUUCUUUGGGUGAGCCUUCCCCAUGACAUUUUGUAUUCUUUUGGAGACAAUGCCAAGAUGGAAGAAAACCAUUAGCUGAUAUCUAAGAUCACAGAGGUGGGAGAAGAGUUAUUGAUUAUUCUCUUCAUUUGCUCAGAUAAAAACAUAGUCUUCCUCAUCUUACUGAUAGUGUCUUUGUCCAUUCUCAUUUCCUUUCAUAUUUUAUGCCUGAAAUCUCCGCUUUUUACACUUUUUGUCCCUACAUUCCUCUGAUAGGGAAUUGUCAACUUUUAUAAGGUCCAAAAAGGCUAUGCAUGUAAUUAGACUUGAUUUUAUAUCUAUUUUUAUUCAUAGUCCCCAUAUGGCCACUUAAGUUUUGGGGUAUUUGUGCCAAAGAACUAUUCUCUGAUAACUGGGGAAUGAAGUAGAGGAUCAACAUGCCAACAGAGCUACUGGAUGCAACUUAAGGUGGGAGGCAGGGGGACAGAGGAAGGGACAUGGACAGAUGACUGUGGUGUAGGCAGUCUUUGGAAAGUGCCAAAAUAUGAUGAAUAACUUAAAGCUAUAGUCUCACAUUCUGUUUGUAACAUCCUCUUUCACUCACACACACACACAUACACACACACACACACACACACACACACACACACACACACUUGCUGGGUGCUCUUCUGAUUGCCAAUUCUUUCUAAGAUAAAGUUCAGAGUUCCUUUUUAUUUUGGCACCAGUUGAUAGAUGAUAAGAUUUUUUUCUAGAAAGACACUAUUUUGAAGAAUUUAAAUGGUUCUACUUUAAGGAAACAUAAACCCUAUGUUUGGGAAAAAUAAACCAAUAUGGAACUCCAUCCCCUUUAAAAUCCUUAGCUAGCCAGUGUUUCUCGGUCACCAAGGCAAUGGUUUGUUUUUAGUUUUUGCUUAUUUGGUUUUUUCCCUCAAUGCCUCUGGUUAGAUUAUAAUGUGUUGUUGGAAUUGUCCAAAAUGCAGUAUGUGAAGGUCUUUUUCCAGUGUAGAAAUCAUCUCUCUGGGGAAUCUGCACUGGUUUGAUGUUUACAUUGCUCUUACCUGGUGCCUCAGAUAUCUCUGUGACCAAAAUUGGCUUUAGCCACAUGCUAUAUUUCUGGUAAUACUGUAUUACUGGGCAGCCUCUCUUGGAGUUUCUUAUAGGGCUACAGAACUCUUGACAACAACUCCAACCAAAGCCCACCUGUCAUAAACCCAGCUUGCUGAAAUUGCUGAUCUUUAUUUCUUUGCUAAUGGAGUUCCGAUCAGUCAAAUGUGCUUAUCAUAAUUAAAGUUCAGGAUUACCCCUUUUGUGAAAAUGGAUUGAGUAGAGUUGGAAUACAGAUUGUCUGUUUUCCAGUUUGGGGAUGGGAAACUGUUGUGGAUUACCAGUCAGAACUCCAGAAAGCCUUCCUUACCAUGCAGGGCUUGGCACAGUCAGUCUCAGUCUCCAAAAAAGCUAUUCAGAGCACUUUGCAGGUAGUCACCAACCUAAAUUAGCCUGCUUUCAUGCCAUGCUUGGGUGUUGGCUAUUUCCUACUGCCGAAAUAAAUAAAAAACAAAUAAAUAAAAAUAAAGAUCAGUGUUUUCAAAAAUGUUUAAGCAAGGAUAUUGACUGAAUCAAUUCAUCACAACCUGACCAGAAGGACUGUGUCAGUUGAAUUUCUGUGUUUCCAUGGCUGUGCUUUUGUCAUCCAACUAAGUACAUUGUCUUGUAUUGCCAGAGUAUCCAUCUGGAAUGCUUUGUGCAUUUGGGAUAGCCACUCCACAGGGAGAAUUCUUAUUUUUGAUCUCUGCAAGGGGGAAGAAAAGCCAGCUACGGAGAGGACUUGAUAUUUUUCUGUGAAUCAAACAGUAUUUUAAAAUUCUGAAUAAAGUUGAUUUAAAAACAGCCCAAAGUCUCUCUGCACUUGAAAUUCCCUUUAAUUUGAAAGGACCCAGUUUUCCUAAUCAGGCCUUGAAAUAUGUUGUCAUUAAAAAAAAAAAAAGAUUAAGUUCUACAAAGAAGCCCCAGGAAAUUCAUGGGGCUAAAUUAUCUAGUGAGUGCUUCAUUUAACCAAUGAUCAAGAGGUAUGAUUUCUGGGGGCGGCUAUGUGGUGCAGUGGAUAAAGCACUGGCCCUGGAUUCAGGAGGACCUGAGUUCAAAUCCAGCUUCAGACACUUGACACUUACUAGCUGUGUGACCCUGGACAAGUCACUUAACCCUCAUUGCCCAAAAGGAAAAAAAAGAGAGAGAGAGGUAUGGUUUCUGCUCUCUAGUCUCUGAUGACUUAAGCAGGCAUGGCUCCCUCUUGUUCCUUAUGUAUCUCACAUAGAAGGUAUGAGAUCUAAGACAUAUCAUCUAAAAAGCAUUUUGGAGAGAGAGAUGAUAUAAAACACAAGAUACAAAUGCAGUAAGCAUUUCAGAUUUCUGUUCUAAGGAGAAACUUUGUUCCCUUGACCCGGGAAGAUCUGAGUGUUAAAUUUAUCUAUCAAGAAAAUAAUCUUUUACUUCUACCAGUGCCCUUUGGACUAUUAAUAGAAUCAAAUAUUUUUAAAAUUCUAGAUUGCUUGCCUUUUAGUAAAGCUUUUCCACUUCCAAGGCUAAAGAGAUCAUUUAGUAAUACAUCAAGGAUUUUACUUCUUGGAUUUUGUAAAAGAUGAUUUGAGGACAUUUGAGGCAAGGAGAAGGGGAGAAUGCUGAGGUGUGGCCUGAACAGUCAACACUGGGUGGAGGGCAUUGUUUGCUGAGCUGAAGGGUGCCCACGUUUGAUGAAGCCAUGAAAACAAUGAUCUAAGAGGACAGUCUGAAGAAAGAUGUUAGUUGUGAAGCCUUUUAUUAAUCAUAAUGCCUUAGGAUUCUUCUUAGAUAUCAAAAGACAACAAAAUUUGGGAUUGUAUUUCUGUGGUCAGAGAUGAAUAAACAUUUUGUAGAAGCACUUGUUUUGAGGUAAAAAGAGCUAUAUAUAAAGGAUUGAUUCCAUGUAGAAUUAAAAAAACCUAUUUUAUAACAUAUUUAUGGAAAAUACUUAUCAGUCACUUUUCUCCCUCAGAUAAUUAUUUAAUGGGGGGAGGUGGGGUUGGAUGUACAAACAAAAGAGGUAUUUCACUACCAGAUUUUAAUUUGCUGUAUUUGAGAAUCUUCCUUUUGUUGUAUGAGAAUGAUGUUUUUCUUUUUGUUCUUGGGAGACUUGAGGAAUAGCAUCCCAAAGAUAUUUUUCAGUGAAGUUCAUGUUCAAAGCUAGGGGUAUUUUUCCACCUUCGCAUUUGAAGAAAGGGUCAUAAAACUCAAUUUUGUAGUGGUGAAACUGAAUAAAAGAAUAAAUUUAACAAUGACAUUUUCAGAAGAGAUAUCCACAGAGGUCACAUUUUGGUAGAAUCCUUUAAAUUUUGCUUCUCAGGCAGAGUAGUUCAGUAGAGAGGGGAUUGGACAAGUUAAAGACCUUCCUUGCCACUAACUUGCUGGUCAUUUGGCAAGUCACAUCUCUGUAGGCUGUUUCCUUAAUUGUAAAAUGACUAGAUGACCUCCAAGGGGUAAUCUGGUUCCAGUCGUCUCUGCUUUCCUUGACUCAGCUGAAGGAUGUUAGCAAUGACCCACAAUCCCCAUGUAUUCUAAUGUCCCAGGAAUAGAUUGAACAUGAGCUGAGGUUUCUGUUCUUGAUGAUUGCUUUAUUUUAUUUUGCAGAGUGGCUGUUGUCCUUAUUAAUUGCUGUUAGCUAAAUCAAAAAGCUGUUUAUCCUGGUGACAAAACAAUGUUUUUAAGCUUCCUCUUCAGUUACACUGGCUAUUUUUUAAAGGCUCUUUUGAAUGCUAAGGACAAUCCAGGCCACCUCUGCUAUGAUGUACACAUACAUGUGACUUCACUCAGGGUGGAAAUUCUCUCCACCAAUGCAGAUCAUCUGUUGUUUUGCAAUUUAGAGUUGCCUAGGGCACUCCAACUUUAAAAUACCCAGUGUUAACUGGGUCACACAACCAGUAUGUGUUCAGAAGUGGGAUUUGAACCCAUCUUCCGGACUCUGAGGUGGUGAGGGACAAUAGCCAUGAGUUCAACCAUUAAUGUGUGAGAAGUGGCUGGAUAAGGAAAAUAAAAUCAUUUGAAUGGAAACCUUAGUACUUGUAGAGAGGCUACCAACCUUGGGCCUCCUUCGAUCUGUGUAUACUUCUUUUCAAAUACAGCAAAAUAAGAGAUGGGACUCUCUUCCAUCUUUUAUUUCUUUAUGUACUUCCUUUGAGGCUGCCAAGUAUAUUACCUUAAAAAUGUAUGCCAAUGUGGUGAAACCCCUCAUUGUAUAAUAGGGCUUUAUUGUGAACAUAUCCAUGUAGGAAAUGCUGGCUGUAUCUGAAAUAAUUUAUGAGAACUAAUUUGUCCUACUCUACUUAUGUUUUAAAGAUAACCAUUGUUUUGACUGUAAUAGUCAAGUGUUUUGCUGUUUCCCAAAUUUUCCCUUAGAAAAUGUUUUCCCUAAUGUUGAGUUUUUGUUUUAUGUCAGUCUUCACAGGUCUAUAGAUGUUUUGUAUUAGUACUAUGAAUGUAAUUUAAACCCUUUUACAUGGUAUUUUCUCUCUAUAUGCCCCUCAGUAGACUGUGGUGCCUGACACUGUUAUGUUAUAUUUUGUUGUACCAAAGUUCCUGUGGCUUAAAAAAUUGUCCAAUGAUCACUGGUGUCUGGGUUUGAAUAAUAUGGUCAAGGAAUGUAUCCUGUGAUUGUUUAUGCACUUUUCAAAUAAAAAAAGCAUUUUUA